CAGUCUCACAAAUAGCUAGAUGAGCUAAAAACGCCACUCCAGUUUUUGCAGUACAUAAAUAAGCCCCACUAACUAUCUCCGUCCGUCCUUUCCGGCCCUCUAGCUCAUUGGGAUUCCAACCCCAUCUUCCAUCGUUUAAUUUGGAUCGUUGGAUUCCUUUCUCUUCCUGCAGACGGUGAAAAUUGAAAAAUUAAAAAAAAAUAUCCCCCGACAAUUUCAAAAUUUUGAAAAAUUCCAGAAAAUGAAAGCCCGAGAAAUUAAACAAUAACCCCCCACUCGACUUAAACCCGGAUCUCCGCCAUUUCCUCUCCUUCCCCUGCUCUGAAACUGAAACCACCACACAGAAAAAACAAAAGAGAAUGAAGAGCAGCGCCACCGCGAAGCUUAUCGUCUUCCACCCAUCCAUCCACAAAUCUCCGCCGCCGCCUCCCCCUCCCCCCUCUCCCAACCGCCACCGCCUCUUCUUCAUCCUCACUUUCUUCACCCUCGCCUUCACUCUCACUCUCUUCUCCACCGCCACCAUCCCUUCCUCCGUCUCCUCCACCACCGCCGCCUCCUCCACCCUUCUCCCGGACACCAUCGCCUCCGCACUCCUCCACUACGCCACCACCAACGCCACUUCCCGACACAUGACCCCCGCAGAGCUCUCCAUCGUCGCCGACGCCCUCCGCCGCUGCUCCUCCUCCUCCUCAGUUUGCAACUUCCUCGUUUUCGGCCUCUCCCACGAGGCUCUCCUCUGGAAAUCCCUCAAUUUCGCUGGCCGUACCGUCUUCCUCGACGAGAGCGAGUACCACGUCUCCAAUUUCGAGAAGCACCACCCGGAGAUGGAGGCCUAUGACGUCCAAUUCGCCACCAAAGUAGACGAAAUGUCAAGCCUCCUCUCCUACGCCGUCGCUCGCGCCGAUUCGGACUGCCGCCCCGUCCAGAACCUCCUGUUCUCCGACUGCCGCCUCGCCAUCAACGAUAUGCCCAACCACAUCUACGAUAUCGACUGGGACGUCAUCCUCGUCGACGGCCCCCGCGGCUUCUCCCCUGAUUCCCCCGGCCGGAUGUCCGCCGUCUUCACCGCCUCAGUCCUCGCCAGGACCGGCGGCGGAUCCGGCAAGAAGAAGACUCACGUCUUCAUUCACGAGAUCAGGAGGGAGGUGGAGAAGAUUUACAGCGACGAGUUUCUCUGCCGCCAGAAUUUGGUGGAAACUGUGGAUUCACUCGGUCACUUCCUCGUCGCCAAAAUGCCCGCCGAUCACUUCCAGUUCUGUCCCAAUUCGAGAUCUCUGCCGUCCUCUUCGUCGCCGUCAGUGACUAUGGUGAAUGACAGUUGAUCGAAUCUCAUCUCAGAUGCUUGUGAGAGUCGCUCUGAUUGCAAAGUAUCGUUACGAUUCACGUCGCCAUCUUUUUUUUUUAAUUCUUUUUAUUAAUCUUUUUCGCUAAACAGGCUGCCCAAUCUAAUGAUGGAAAAGUCAAGAAACGAAUUCCAUCAUCUCCUUUUUCUCGGAUGAUUUCCGCCUUUGUUCCCAUCCUUCUCUCGCUCUGCUCGGCCUGUUUGAUUUCCGGGAAAAUCCGAGAAAGAACUCCUUUUUCGACAAUCGCAUGUAAAGCAGCUCUUAAUUAGUAAAUAUUAUAAUAUUAU